CUUUACGCUUCGCUGGCUUCUUGGGUGGAUCUUUUUUUUCCUCCGGUUCUCAGCAGUCCGCUUGCAAAGUUAGUCAGGAGUGUAACAGUAAGAAAACUUUGACUGCCUUUUUGUGCAUCACGAUCCAAAAUCAGAGGAAAAGUGGACUAAUCUUUUUUUAAGACUUGCCGUCUUACUGUUUACAGAAAUGUCAGGCGUUCGGAAGAAGCUGGUGAUUGUGGGAGACGGAGCCUGUGGGAAAACAUGUCUUCUUAUAGUUUUCUGUAAGGACCAGUUUCCUGAGGUUUAUGUUCCAACCGUGUUUGAGAACUACAUAGCAGACAUCGAAAUUGAUGGAAGACAGGUGGAGCUGGCGUUGUGGGACACCGCAGGUCAAGAGGACUACGACAGGUUGAGGCCUCUGUCUUACCCCGACACAGAUGUCAUCCUUAUGUGCUAUUCCAUUGACAACCAAGAUAGUUUAGAAAAUAUUUCUGAAAAGUGGACCCCUGAGGUGAAACACUUCUGUCCCAACGUUCCAAUCAUCCUUGUAGGGAAUAAGAAAGAUCUGCGGAGCAAUGAAAAAGCACUCAAAGACCUGACCAAGAUGAAGCAGGAGCCGGUGAAGACAGAAGAUGGAAAGAGCAUGGCCACCAGGAUUAAUGCUUUCUACUUCUUGGAGUGCUCUGCUAAAACAAAGGAUGGCGUGCGGGAAGUGUUUAACAUCGCCACGGCAGCAGCGCUGCAGGUCAAAAAGAACAAGUCAAUGAAAGGCUGCAUGCUGCUGUGAGCAACAUCCAGGCCCUGGAAACCAGGAAAUUAGCUGACCAGUCAAAGUAAAGCAGGACACAUGAAACGGACUGAGCUUUUAUGAAAUUGAUCUUUGUGCUGUAUCUCACAUUUAAAAAAAAAAAAAAAAAACAGGCAGGUAGAUGAAUUGAAAACAAACCUGCAAAUACAGGGAAUGGACAUUACUGUAUGCUACUGCUAUGAGGAUGUACACUACACUUUUUACUGUUUUCUUUCCUACUGGGUUGUUCUUUACAAUCGGGGGCAUCUUUUAUCUUCAUAAAGUCUCGUGUCGCCAGUCCAGCUCUGUUUACAUUGGAAAUAUCAUUCGACUAGUAAAGCUGGUGACCAUUUUAAGUUUGUGCGUUGCCAUCUAUGUGCGUUGGGCUUUUAGUGAAUAGAGGACCUCUUCACUGUCCUGUUACAAUACCAUAACUUUUAAGUUCUAGCUCUGCUGGCCAAUCACCAAAGAAAAAUGGCUGCCUGUGCUACUUUGCAUUCUCAGUUUUUAGUCAAUGCACAGUAAACAAAAACAAGUGGCUUCUAAUAUGAAAUAAUCUGUGAUGAAGUGAGCUUUCUAUUUUGUUUAUUCACACAGACAGUCUGCACUGUGGAUUAAGAUAAGAGGGAGACGUGACCAGCUUAGCCAUUGUGACUCAUUCAUGCACAAUAGCUGUCAGGAGUGACAGGAAGAUGACUUAGUUUAAAGCGAUUGCACUGAGGCAACGGCCUGUUUGGUUAUUGUAUUUGCUUUCUGCUUCUUCUCAGCAUAGCCAGUUACACCUACUGCUGGAACGUCAUCAAUAAACCAGUUGACCCAGUCGAGGAAACCACGAUCCAUUUGCACAUCUCAUGUCCCCAGCAGGACAACAUUCCUCACAGAUCCGAGAAGAGCCGAGAUGCGAUUGAAUUGUUUGUUUUAUUCCAGUGCAUUCACAGUUCUUCCCCAGACCAGACAGAGUGGCUGCUUGGCGGUGACCUGAUACUGUCUGAAGAGUAAACUACUUGACAUGUUUGACAAAGGCCUUUUUUUGAUUCACCGACAAUGCUAGGCGAGCACCGUGCCACUUCUAUUCUGUUAAGAACGCUGUGCAGAUUGGGCUCACAAACACUGACAAAACAUUGUUGGAAAAAUUGCUUUGCUGUUGUAUCUAUAACACAUUUAUUAUUUAAUUUCAAAGCAGUCUGGUCUUGUUUGAACACAUUAAUUAUUUGUACGUCUCUCCCAAAAGGAUAUCUCAUGCUAACUUCUUACAAGACUGUACACAAACUUUCUGACAGUACUGCAUGCCGGCCAAACGAUAUGGAUUGGAACCCACUGAAAAUAUGUGCAGAGGCUUAGUGGCAUUUCAUAUGUUUUGGCUUACUUUGGAAGGAUCUGAGGAAUUAAGAAGUUCAAGAAAUCAGAAUAAUAAAACAAUUCCUUCAAGCCAGCAGUGGGUGUACUGGUAAAUCUCCAAUGGCAUGCUGCUGAUGUGUGCAGUUAACCUCCAGGAAAAUCCUAAUUGUACAGAGAAAUACACACACCGGAGAAAACCCUUGGCCAUACAGGCAUAAAAUUUAUGGAUGCAGCUUCUGCUCAGUGUCUUAUCCAUUUUCAGUGCAAAACUUUAAGAUAAAGGAUGAUGUACUACAUAUGGUGUAAUAUAUACACAGUCAAACAAAGUUCUGUUGUGAAUAUCAAACUCAAAUCAUUAAACUAUUUUUGAAACAAGA